GAAAAGAACAGACCAUAUAAAUACGGGCAUUAGAGGCACUUUUGUUAAUAGAGCACUUUUGUUAAUAAACAAGAAUUAAGAAUAAAGGGCAUAGAAGAGACAGUAGUGGAGAUUAUUGAUGGAAAAAAAAGAGGAACUAAUUAGUUGUCGCAUUAAUCAGUGUUAUUUUCAAGUUUUAUCGCGUCCUCUGCGUAGACGUCAUUACGUUGUUUGGUAUGGAUCACCAUCGUAGGUAGGGCAAGAUGGCUCCAUCGACAGGAACAGCUGUUUUACGCUAAGGGACAACGUAAAGCAAAAAAGUGCGGAAUCUGACACAAAAUGUCGCGGGCUUCAUUUUAGCCUGUAUAGGUCUCGACGAAAAUUACAUGCAGUGAUAAACAAUCACGAUUUUAAAAUGGAUGUGGUGAUUACCAGCUUAGAAGCUCUUAUACAAAGAGCAACAAAUCCACAAAAUCAGAAGCCAGAUGUAGCAGCUAUUGAAGCUUUCUGUGUAUUAAUUACCAAAGAAGCUGAAGGUAUUCAAAUAGGUACCAAACUGUUGGCGACAUAUAUUCAGUCACUUGAUGAAUCAGAAGCCUUGCAAGCUCUUUCAUUACUAGAUACUUGUAUGAAAAGAUGCGGUCCAUUAUUUCACGCUGAAGUUGGUAAAUUCCGUUUCCUAAAUGAGAUGAUAAAAUUGGUCUCACCAAAAUACUUAGGUGGUCGUACUACAGCUAGUGUACGACAGAAGGUCCUACAACUUCUUUAUGCUUGGAUCAGAGAAUAUCCACGUGAAUUAAAAAUUAAGGAAGCUUAUGAGAUGCUAAAGAAACAAGGAGUGGUCGAGGAGGAUGCAGCAUUCAUAAUGGCUAACAGUGAGGAGAAAAAAUCGUCUAAGAUAAAAAAAAGUAUAUUCGAAAAUGAAGAAAUGUCGAGACACUUGCGCAAGUUGCUGCACAGCAAGGAUCCUUACGAUCUGCAAACUGCAAAUCGAUUGAUCAAGGUUAUGGUAAAAGAGGACGAGGAAAGAUUGCAGUUGAGCUCACGAAGACACAUGGAAUUAGAGUCGAUACACAACAAUGUGAAGCUGCUUUCAGAAAUGUUGGAUUCAUAUAAUGAGAAUGAGACUAGCGCGGAGGAUCUCGAGUUAAUGAAGGAGCUGCAUCAAGCAUGCGAACGACUAAAACCUAUGUUAUUGAGACUCGCCAGUGAGACUCAAGGCAAUGUUGAAAUGCUCGGUGACGUGCUUGCUGCGAGCGACGAGCUGAGUCAAGUUUUCGAGAAGUACACGUCAGUCAUCGUCCUCGGACAGUCUACUAAGGAGCCUUCUAAAGCGAACGCUCUCAACAAUGGACCAUCACUCUUAGAUCUAUCGUCCCCUACCGAAAAUGUUCCCUGCGAGAGUACCUUGAGUACACCAAGCGCGACCUCGACGGAUCACCGAUCGGACAUGGACGUACUGGGGGACAUCUUUAGCGUCUUAGAGAAAUCAGUCAAGUCUGACGCGAAUCUGUUAAUGCCGAAUAAUAUUAUGCAACCGAUCAGUAUUUCGCCCGUUAACAAAAAAAACGAAGUUACCAAUACCGAGGGAGAGAAAAUAGAUAGUAAGGCGAAAGCACUGGAGGAAUUGAACGAAUUGGGGGAGACUUUACUCAAACAAAGCUUGUCGAGUGCGCGCUCGUCGCAAGGAAAAUUUAAUAGUAACAUAACGAAAACCACCAUCGGUGACUCAGUUUGGAAACCAAAUUGGUCCCAUGAUUCUAACAGUGCGUCGCAACGUGUAACAACGGAACAGAUUGAACGUGCAAAACAGUGUGAAACAAACGGUAACUCUUCGGACAUUUCGGCAUCUUCAAAUUCAUCGAAAAUCAACGUUAUCACUGAUUCGUGUAACAAAAAUGGUAAUACUAGUGCGGUAAUACCGGACACAAGAAUAUCACAGCAACAGCAUCAGGAACUAACACAAUUGCGUAAUGGUUCAUCGAGGAUAACGGAUGCCGAGCCCGAAAUCAAACCAUUAACGGAUAUCAACGUUAAUCUUGAAGAUAUUACACCAGGUACAAAUCCACCUCUGACGGUAAUUGAGGAAAGAAACGGUAUAACUGUAGUGCUUCAUUUUGCUCAAGACAGCCCUAGACCGGAUGUGUCUGUAGUAGUAAUUACUACAAUGAGCAAAAACACAAAGCCGCUUAGUAAUUAUCAAUUCCAAGCAGUCGUGCCUAAAAAAUGCAAGUGCAGGCUGCAAGCACCUUCUGGCACAAAGUUACCGGCGCAUAAUCCGUUCCUUCCACCUUCUGCAAUCACGCAAAUUAUGCUGAUUGCAAAUCCUCUCAAGGAGCCCGUGUCCUUGAAGUUUAUGCUAAGCUAUACGUUGGACGACGAAACUAUUACAGAAAUGGGUGAAGUGGACAAGCUACCUCACCUGUGAAGUCCAGCGCACUCUUGCAGCGAUCUCGAUGCAAUCUUGCAUUCGUAUUCGUGCCCUCAGCAGGCCAAAAAUAAUAUAAAAAUAUUCCAAUUAUAGAGCGACCCAUUUAAAAAUACAUGCAAUGAAAUGAAAUUUAGAUUUUCUCAUUUAAAAAUACAUGCAAUAAAAUGAAAUUUAGAUUUUCUCUAUACUGUUUUAAACUUAGAAUGCAUAACAAUCUGGAAAGAUCGAUCUGACGACUAUCUUAAUUGUAAAUUUUAUAUGCAUUGUUCUUCGUACGAAUAAUGUCUCUACCUAAGAAAAUGAAAAAUGUAGUGAAUGUCUCAUACGAAAAGAACAUGUUUACGAGAAACAAUUUUUCAUGUGUUAGAAUUACUGUAAGUAGAAAUAAUGAAAUAGAAUACGAUUGCCAGAUUGUGUUAAUACCAAGUAUUCUUUUUCGUUAAAUUAUGCUAUAGUAGAGUUUUAUUCAGAUAUAAUAAUAACUUAAAGAUCGUAUUUUAUCAGCCAUCUGGAUUAUAUUCAUUUUUCAAUUUCAAGUCUUGAUGUUAGAAAGAUGGAAAAAACAUGCUAUUUUGUUUUGCUAAAUUUUGGAGGUAGAGUUUAGUUCGAAACGCAUCCGGUGUGUGUCACUUUGUAAUAUUUAUUAUACCAUGAAAUAAUAUAUAAAAUAUAUAAGUACUUAUUCUCGCGUAAAAUCGUCUUAUGUAUUGUAUUCGUAUAGUUCAUAUAAUAGUAUGAUAAGUAUCACGAAGCGAGACAUCGGUUGCAAAUUGUGCAUUCUAGGAUUAAAUUAGUGAAGCAUCAAGAUAAAAAGAAUUAAAUUAUCUUAGUGAAAAAUUUGCAAGAAUUAUCAUAAAGUAUCAAUAGAGAAAAGGGAAAAGUUAUUAAACACACAUUCUUAAUCUUAGUAUGCAUAGUGUUAUUUUAGACUCGCUCGCGCGUGUGGCGGCAUACUUUUACUUACGUGUUCCUUUUUUUAAUUCGGUUAUCAGCCUCUAAGAAUUUUCAUAUUGAAUAUAUGAAAGAAAGGGGCGUGCAUACUAGGGUUAAGCAGAGUGAUAUUAUUUCGAAUUGUUAUGGACGGCUUCGCGUUUUGAUUAAGAUACGCUAUUUUCGGUAUUUGUUUAUUCAUAUAAUUAAGAGUCUAUCGUACAUAUGUAGUUGUAUGCUGCUUUGUGAUAUAUGCUUUAAUAAGUGUAAACCUAUUUUAAGACCGCGAGUUUAAUAAACCAAAUAAAGUUAAGAAGGGAUAAACGGGAA